CAAGAACAACACGAUGUCGGUGAUUGGUAUCGACUUCGGUAAUGAAAACUGCUUCAUCGCAGUGGCGCGUGCCGGUGGAAUUGAGACGAUAGCCAAUGAGUAUUCGCAACGAGUGACACCGUCGUACGUGGCCUUUGGAGAGCGGCAACGAGACCUCGGAGUUUCGGCUAAGAACAAGCAGAACACGAACCUGAAAUCAACGAUUUAUGGAUUCAAGCGUUUUGUUGGUCGAAAAAUUCAGGAUCCGGCGGUCGACCAGGAACGUGCGCAUCUUCCAUAUCAGCUAAUAGAGAUGCCCGAUGGAGAGGUUGGCGUGAGUGUGCGAUAUUGCAAUCAGGAGAAACAGUUUUCGAGUCGUCAAAUAACCGCAAUGCUUUUCACGAAGUUGAAGAUCAUUGCCGAGGCAGCACUCAAAAUCAAGGUGUGCGACUGUGUCAUCUCGGUGCCGCUCUUCUUCAACGACGCAGAGCGUCGUGCGGUCCUGGACGCGGCUCGUAUUGGCGGGCUCAAUUGUCUCAAGCUAAUGAACGAGACUACAGCGGUUGCCCUCAGUUACGGUUUUUACAAAAACGAUCUUCCCGAAGACAAAAUGCGUCUGAUCGCAUUCGUGGAUAUGGGACAUUCCGCUCUACAGGCGUCGAUCGUAGGAUUUAGUAAGGAUAAACUGAAGAUGCUAUCUUGUGAGACUGGUAUUAUUGGUGGACGCGACUUCGACCAAGUGCUCGUCGAUUAUUUCUCUGAUGAUUUCAAGAUAAGAUACAAGCUAGACGUCAAAUCGAACAAGCGCGCCCUUAUUCGAUUGUACACUGAAUGUGAAAAGUUGAAGAAGCAAAUGUCGUCGAUUGCACUUGAGCUGCCGCUUAAUAUUGAAUGCUUCAUGGAGGACAAGGACGUAUCUGGCAAGAUGAGUCGGGACACAUUUGAAGAACUUGCGGCACCUUUCCUAGAAAAAGUCGAAUCGGUCCUAGAAAAAGCAAUUGAAAAUUGCCCCCCGGUAGUUGAAGGCAAACCCGUCACUCCGAAGGACAUCGAAAGUGUUGAAAUCGUAGGCGGCAGUUCUCGUAUCCCAGCCGUGAAAGCCCUUGUGAAAAAGGUAUUCGGCCGUGAGCCGUCGACCACAUUGAAUGCUGACGAGGCAGUUUCUCGUGGGUGCGCAUUACAGUGCGCUAUGCUGUCACCAACAUUUAAGGUGAAGGACUUCUCACUGACCGAUUUACAACCGUACCCAAUCAUGGUCCGAAUUAUGCCGCAAGUGAAUGCCAACAAACCAAACGAAUAUGACGUUUUCCCUCGAUUCCACCAAGCUCCCUUCUCCCGGGUUCUCUCUAUUUAUCGGCGAGAGCCAUUUACGGUGGAAGCAUUCUACCGCGACGAGACUCCUUUCGCGGAUAAACGGAUCGGCGUCUUUUCUGUCGACGUCAAACCAACAAACCCAGAGCCCUCAGAAGACGAUAAAGUUAAGGUGAAAGUUCGCAUUAAUUUGCACGGUGUGUUUAGCGUCGUAUCUGCCACACUUAUCGAGAAAUCGGACGAGCCACCAAAGGAAAUGGAAGCCGGCGAAACCGACCAGAGGCAAAAUGAUAACACCGGCGCUCCUACUGAAAUGGAAACUGAUCAACUAAAAGAUCCCAAAGAGAAAGACGCAGCUACAACGAAGCGAAGGACAAAGCAAACCGAAAUGCCGGUUGGGGCACCAUUUGCCACAAAGGCUCAGGCCGAAGUUACCAACUUGUACAACAUUGAGCAAGGUAUGGUGGUUGCUGAUAUUACCGAGCAGGAGCGCCAAGAUGCCAAGAACGCUGUGGAAGAGUACGUCUAUGAUAUGCGCGACAAGCUGGCCGACAAACUUGCUAUGUACUCCGCUGAGGAAGAGCGUGGCAAGCUCUCCGUGGAGCUACGAGAAACCGAGGAUUGGCUUUAUGGCGACGGUGAGGACCUUGACAAGAAAGCAUAUAUAGAGCGCUUAGAUCGGUUACAUUCGCUUGGUCAGCCAAUCGUUGAGCGCUAUCGAGAGGCACAACAGCGACCUCGUGUUCUUGAAGAUAUUGGCGCUCUGCUUAACCGUGUACGGAAGGGUGUUGCUGCUUAUCGUGCAGGGGACGAAAAUUAUGCACAUUUAGCGUUAGACGACAUUAACCGACUAGAUGGACAGCUCACAACAAAACAGAGUUGGUUCGAUGAAGUCGUAGGCAAGCUGAAUAACACCCCUCCUCAUUGCCCACCGCCAGUCUUUGUUACACAGCUGCGCGAAGAGAGUGCUGCCUUCGAUCGGAUGGCCAGCCAAGUCCUGAACAAGCCGAAGCCCGCACCACCAGUUGUCGAACCACCAAAGUCUACUUCUCCAACACCUGGUGGCAAAAAAGAUGAUAAAGUCGAGCCAAUGAACACCGACGACAACCCGGUACCACAACCCAAUACAGCUGAUAAUAGUAAGCCAGGACAGUCCCAGCAGAAGCCACAGGGCCCUCUGUCUGGAGCCGGCACCGACGAACCUAAACAGGCGCCGCCAUCGUCCAGCCAGAACGGAAAUGCUGCCGACACAAACAUGGAAAUCGAGUAGGAAAGCAGAAGCGAAAAAAGCAAGUUUGAGAAAAUAAGCAACGUGAGACAUUACUCACAGCGGAGACAGGUGGUAUCAGCAUUGCCACCAUCUGCAUCCGCCAUGUCACCUCCUUUUCCUUUCACUUUUACUUUACUACUUCGCUUGAAUCAAUUUAUUCAUUUUUACUUGACCCUCAGUGCAUAGUCUAUUAUAACCAUCCUCAUCAUUAACGUAACUGGCAGUAUGUAACUACGGAAGCCCACCGUUCCUGUGUGAUGCUUUGCCAGCGCAAGUGAUCCAAAUAUAAGAUCUUUUGUAAUGUUUGUAUGAUAACUUCAUGCCGGCAGUAUCUGUGAUAAUAAACUAUUGCGUACUCAGUUGUCGGCGAAAGUGUGCUGUCAAUUGGGGGCGAAAUAAGCAACUGUAGUUUCUCUCCACGCCCGCUGCUUAAGAUAGCUAAAUGCUGUUUCACAUCUUCCUUCCCCAGAGUCGCCGCCAUGAUCGAUGGUGCACUUUUGUGCUAAAUACGUGUCCAUGAUAAACAUAUUCUUGAACGAAAAAUCUUCAUUAAACAGCUGUUACUAGCAGCGGGCGUAAAGAAAAAUCAGUUGCGCAUUUCGUCCCCAGCUGGCAACAGAUAUUUCCUCCAACGACGAUCUACAGUAAUAAUACUGCAAUAAUGGUAGUAUUGUUAUUACAGAUACUGCCGGCAUAAAGAUGUCAUACAAAUAUACUAUGGAAACGAUCUUUGUUUUGUUUGGAUUUGGAUCGUUUGCGCGGGCAAAGCAUCACAGGGAAACGGUGGGCUUCCGCAAUAAGGACUGUAACAACUGUCAAUUAAUUAAUGUUAAUGAUAAGGAUAGUUAUAAUGACAAGCACCGUGCACUGAGGGUCAAAUGACAGAAAUGAAUAAAUUGAUGUAAUCUAAGUAGCAGAGUAAAAGUGAGAGAAGCCGGUGACACAGCGAACACAAAUGGUGACAGUGCUGAUCAGGUGAUGAAGAGAGAAAUUAAGAAAAAUAUGAAGUAGGUAAUGGAAAGACGCCCGAGUAUAUAUAUAUAUAUAUAUAUAUAUAUAUAUAUAUAUAUAUAUUAUAUAUGAAAGGAUACAUAUGCACUUCUCCUUAGUAAACAAGUGAAAGUAAGUGAGAACGAAGGAGACGUAGAAUCGGUAGCGGAUUAUGUUACAUUCAGGCGAAUUUCUGAACAAGAAGACUUGUCUAAUGGAAUCAAGGGGGCAUUUGAUGCAAAAAAUACUAGAUACAAAAAACCAAGCUGCAGGCAACUUCAACUUAUGAUGCGUCAGGGGUUGGUGGUACAUUAAUACUAACAACGUAAUAAAACGAAUAUUUAAAAAGGGCAAAGAUACUAAAGGACACCUUAGAGAGCGAGCCAAGCUAUUUUUUGUUUUUCUCCAGUUACUACCAGCCGCGUGAUUUCGGUCUAUGUUUAUAUAGAAUAUUGUUAUAAGCGUAAGGCAAAGGGAUUUGCAAAAAGAAGAGCUUGCUUCAUCUAGUUAUGGUUAAGAAACAGUACCAGGCUAUUCUGCCAUACACUAAUGGUAGUUACUUUGUGAUUAUUACGAGGUAAACAAUGAUAGAAAGGCCGUAACGAGUUUAUGAUGUAACAAAAAAAAGCGGUAUGUGCUCCUUCUGUUCUUUACGUCGAAAUAUAUAAACGGCAGUGCACUCAAUAGACGACGCAACCUACCAAAAAUGCAUUUCGGGAAAAUUUUUGUAUCUGAGCGGAAACCAUCACCUCCGCCGAAUUCCAAAUUCUAAAGGUUCAUUCACUCUAAGUAGGCCAUAACAUCCAAUUCCUCCUCCGAUUUCACAUCAGAGGACAAAACAUGAUUGAAACUAAGCAUGAGGCAUCUCCGCGUAGACAUUUCGAGUUCAUAUUUCCUAUUUCAUUAAACGCAUUAAGUAACGGCGAUGAUACCCGUGCUGAAUUUGUUUUAGCUGCGGUCUCUGGCUCGCUCUAGUACCUUCUAGUAGCCGUUGUGGCAGCAUCUGUAAUUGAAGGCAAAGAUUGAUAUCGUUGUUUAGUUAGUAAUAACAUCAAUAAUUGCGUCUUUCGCGUAAGGGUAUUUGGCGAGAAGUGGGUUGACCAACAAAUAUAUAUGGAGGUAUGACGAAGGUUAAAUGGCGUAAAUGCGUAUCCUAGUGGAGCACCACCGAUCUUUAUUUUGGGGGUGUAGUUAAAAUGGUUUCCUAUGGUAGUUUCCGCAGUGUUGCCUGCCGACUUGUCCAGGAAGAUACCAUGGAGAAUCCAAUAGCGUCACUAUUAUCGAUUACCAAAAACAAAAUCACACGAUGUUAAAACUGGAUUUUUGGCUGUAAAGGUCAGACGAAACUAUGGAGGAAGCUCUGAUAAUGUUGCUCUCAGAUCACACGGAGGGACACGCUUCAGGCGCCUAUUUCUGCGACUGCUAAAAUAAUCCUUUCUAAAAAUAAAGUUCUCGCUCUGACCAAAUGGCCAUAGGCUUCUGGACAAA